AUGGCUUCGAGUGGGGAAGAACUGAAUCCAAAAACAACUCGUUACGAGUUUCUCGGACCUGUGGGAGCCUUUGGUUUUGUCACAGCUUUGCCACUGCUCGUCUUGUUCUUUGCGAUCUGCUGCAAUGCUACCGGCUAUCCAUCGCAGUUUUUGUUGGCAGACCCAAAGGGUUACUUUUCGGAUUUGUUCUCGCUGGAAUUCGCGAAAACGCUCAUUGACCCUGUUGCCAUCCUCGUGUACCUUGGUUUUAUUACUAUUCUAGUAAUCUACGCUUUAGUUUUGGACGGUGACGUUGUUCCCGGUACCAAACUACGAAACGGUCAAAUUCUUAAAUACCGUAUGAACGGUUUCCGUACUUUCCACAACGUCUUUGCAUUCGGCGGUUUCCUCUUGUAUCAGUACGGAAGUAUCGAGCCUUUGCUUUUCAUCUACAACCACUGGGUCGGUCUCGUCGUCGCGUCAAUUCUAUUCAGCUACAUCAUUUCCUUGUACGUGUACCUCAAGAGCUUUAAACCGGGUGCACUUUUGGCCCUCGGAGGCAACACAGGCAACCCUCUUUACGACUAUAUGAUAGGCAGAGAAUUGAACCCACGCAUCGGCGAUUUCGAUAUCAAAUUCUUCACCGAACUUCGACCUGGACUGAUCGGAUGGGUUGUUCUGAAUGUGUGCUUUGCUGUCAAGCAAUAUGCUGACCUUGACCGCGUUACCAAUUCGAUGGGCUUGAUCUUGUUCUUCCACUCAUUUUAUGUUCUUGAUUCGCUUUGGAACGAAGAAGCUGCUCUUACUACCAUGGAUGUUACGACAGACGGUUUUGGCUUUAUGCUUGCGUUUGGAUUGUACACUUGGGUCCCAAUGACUUACACGAUCCAAGCUCGCUAUCUCGUCGACUAUCCACGUGAUAUGAGCUAUCUGGAACUAGGACUUGUACUUGGUCUCAAUUUCCUCGGCUAUUUCAUUUUCAGAAAUUUGAAGUACAUGAAGACUGAACGUGGUACCAAACUUAUCAUUUCCAGCUGGUGGGGUAUGUCUCGUCAUAUAAACUAUCUCGGUGACUGGCUGAUGGCAUUGUCAUGGUGCUUGCCAUGUGGAUUUGGAUCUGUGGUGCCAUACUUUUAUGCGAUUUAUUUUGCCAUCUUGUUGAUCCACCGAGAGCGACGAGACGAUCAUAGCUGUCGCGUCAAAUACGGCAAGGAUUGGGAUAAGUACUGCAGUAUUGUCAAAUCCCGAAUCAUUCCCGGUAAGUUAGGCUCUGUUCCUUACAUCGACCUACAAUUAUCUUUCAAUAAUGUAUGA